UAAUAGAGUCCCCCACACUGUCGGUCCUCCCCUCCCUGAAUGCUAACCAUCUCAUUGCGUCUCCAAACAGUCAAGCAAUUCAUUCGCAAUGUCCGAGCGGCUAAGACGAUUGCCGAUGAACGAGCUGUAAUUCAAAAAGAAAGUGCCGCCAUUCGUGCAUCGUUCAGGGAGGAGAGCCAUGAUUCGGGCAUACGGUCAGCACCAGACACCACCACCUGUUAUCUUCUCCACGGCUCAUCUCUAUUCGCAGGCGAAACAAUGUAGCCAAACUUCUCUAUCUAUUCACUCUGGGAGAGCGGACACACUUUGGUCAGAUCGAAUGUCUGAAACUGUUGGCGUCUCAUCGUUUCGCAGACAAGCGGCUGGGAUAUCUGGGUACUAUGUUGUUGCUGGAUGAGAAUCAAGAGGUGCUGACAUUGGUAACAAACUCGCUCAAAAAUGACCUCAAUCACUCCAACCAGUAUAUCGUCGGACUGGCCCUCUGUGCCCUAGGUAAUAUUGCCUCCGUCGAGAUGUCCCGAGAUCUCUUCCCAGAAGUCGAAAACCUCAUGUCUACCGCCAACCCGUACAUUCGAAGAAAAGCGGCAUUGUGUGCCAUGCGCAUCUGUCGCAAGGUCCCCGACCUACAAGAGCAUUUCUUCGAGAAGGCCAAAAUCCUUUUGUCGGACCGGAACCAUGGUGUUUUGUUGUGUGGAUUGACACUCGUAACGGAUAUGUGUGAGGCGGAAGAAACCGAAGAGGGACAAGAGGGUGUGAUCGAGAUGUUCCGACCCCUGGCUCCUGGUCUUGUUCGCACCCUUAAGGGCUUGACGACCUCCGGCUAUGCGCCCGAGCAUGAUGUGUCUGGUAUCACGGACCCCUUUGUCCAGGUCAAGAUUCUGCGUCUGUUGAAGGUUCUUGCAAGGGGCGAUACGGCAACGAGUGAGCUGAUCAACGACAUCCUGGCUCAAGUGGCUACCAACACCGAUUCGACCAAGAAUGUUGGCAACGCUAUCCUCUACGAAGCCGUUCUUACCAUCCUCGACAUCGAGGCCGACUCGGGAUUGAGAGUCUUGGGUGUCAACAUUCUCGGAAAGUUCCUUUCCAACAAAGACAACAAUAUCCGUUAUGUGGCCCUGAACACAUUGAAUAAGGUUGUCGCGAUUGAACCCAAUGCCGUGCAGAGACAUCGCAACACAAUCCUUGAAUGUUUGCGUGAUCCAGACAUCAGUAUCAGGAGGCGUGCCCUUGACCUCAGUUUUAUGCUGAUCAAUGAGAGCAACGUGCGUGUUCUUGUCAGGGAGCUUCUCGCUUUCUUGGAAGGAGCCGACAAUGAGUUUAAGCCGGUAAUGACAACCCAGAUUGGCAUUGCUGCGGAUAGAUAUGCCCCCAACAAGCGCUGGCAUGUCGACACAAUUCUGCGUGUCCUUAAGCUGGCUGGUAGCUACGUCAAGGAACAAAUCCUAGCCUCGUUUGUACGCCUGAUUGCGACUACACCCGAGUUGCAAACCUAUUCGACCCAAAAGCUCUACCUGUCUUUGAAGGAGGAUAUCUCGCAAGAAGGACUUAUCCUUGCUGGCACGUGGGUCAUUGGUGAAUAUGGCGACAACUUGCUGCGUGGCGGUCAAUAUGAAGAGGAGGAGCUAGUCAAAGAGGUCAAAGAGAGUGAUGUUGUUGAUCUUUUCAUCAACAUUCUCAACAGCACGUACGCUACGCAGACUGUGAUUGAGUAUAUCAUCACGGCCUCGAUGAAGCUUACCGUGCGAAUGACGGAUACUGCGCAGAUUGAGCGGCUCCGUCGCUUCCUUGGCAACAGGACUGCCGAUUUGAGUGUCGAGAUCCAACAGCGAGCCGUCGAGUAUACCAACCUCUUUGGUUAUGACCAAAUUCGCCGUGGUGUUUUGGAGCGGAUGCCCCCGCCCGAAAUCCGCGAGGAGCAAAGAGUUUUGGGCGCUCCGACAAAGAAGCGCCAGAGCAAGAUCUUGAAGGACAAGUCGAAGAAACCCGCCAAACAAGCCGAGCAGGAUAUGCUUCUCGACCUCAUGGGCGGUUCCGACGCUCCAGCAACCAGCCCAACUGUGAACGGAUCGCAGAACACGGCCGAUUUGCUGGCAGACAUCCUUGGUGGAGACUCUGGCCUCUCAUCACCUGCUCCCCAGCCUGCCCAACAGCCGGCACAAUCUAACACCAGUGCCAUCAUGGACCUGUUCAACUCUAAUGGAAACACCCCAUCCCCUCGCCCUGCGGAGCCGGCAUCCGCCUCUCUGGACCUCCUUGGGGGAAUGGGAUCUACUGUGUCACCAGCCCCCGCUGUUUCACCAUCCGCAGCCCCAGUACAUACUGCAUUCAACAAGAAUGACCUGGUUCUCACGCUGCAGGUGCAGCGGGCCAGCAACGGCAAUGCGCAGAUCCAGGCUCGUUUCCGCAACGUCUCCAGCUUGAGCAGUUUUUCCAAUGUGGGACUACAGGCUGCGGUGCCUAAGAGCCAACGACUUCAACUCAAUGCAAUCAACAAAGCCGACCUUGAAGCAGGUGACGAAGGCGUCCAAUUGCUCAAAGUGGCUGGUGUCAGUGGGGCACUCCCACCCAAGCUUCGUCUUCGCCUUCGAGUCACAUACGAUAAAGACGGUGCGGGCCCGGUAACAGACCAAGUCGACUGGUCUGAGCCAUAAAUCGGUCAAACCAGACUCCCAAAGCACAACAUUUUAAUCUACGAACCGUCAAUUUCUUCCGCCUUUGUUUUUUUUUCACCCGUAUCCUAGAUGAUUUUGUUUUUUUCUUUUUUCAUCUCAUGAACGAGUCUCCUAGCGAAGUCAUCAGUUUUGGGAAGGAAUUUAUAAAGCCCUUUGGACGACCUGAUCGAGCGGAAACGAUAAAACUCAAACGUCAUACUUCUCACCAUACAUACCCCGUUCGACGAUUUGUCCCUACUUUUUCUCUUCUUGCAUUUUUUUUAUAGUUCUAUGUAUAUGGUUGAUGCGUUCUGAAAGGCUCGGGAAAACUGGAUGUUAGCUUUCAGACGAUUCAUGGAAGGUAGAAAUAAUAUUACUGCAGUACCUAGCCGUUGUCAUUGACUGUAGAUCUCAUUUCAUAGUCCUAGGGCUAUCCCCAUUAAUCAACAAUACAUUCUC